AUGUUUGGCUCCAAUGAAUCAGAUUCCUCCUCCAAUGCAAAAUAUCCCUGUAAGAUAGUCCUGAGGAACAUUGUCCACAAGAAGCAAGAGUUGUACAAGGCCGAGUCUAAAGACUUACUGGACAUAGCCCGGGAGAGGAGGCCCCCACCCAGUAACUGGAAACCCUGGGAGAAGAAGCCCCCACCCAAGAGGAGACCCCCACCCAGUAACUGGAAACCCUGGGAGAGGAGGCCCCCACCCAGUAACUGGAAACCCUGGGAGAGGAGGCCCCCACCCAGUAAGUGGAAACCAUGGGAGAGGAGACCCCCACCCAGUAACUGGAAACCCUGGGAGAGGUGGCCCCCACCCAGUAACUGGAAACCCUGGGAGAGGAGGCCCCCACCCAGUAACUGGAAACCCUGGGAGAGGAGGCUCCCACCCAGUAACUGGAAACCCUGGGAGAGGAGAACCCCACCCUGUAACUGGAAACCCUGGGAGAGGAGACCCCCACCCAGUAACUGGAAACCCUGGGAGAGGAGGCCCCCACCCAGUAACUGGAAACCCCGGGAGAGGAGGCCCCCACCCAGUAACUGGAAACCCUGGGAGAGGAGGCCCCCACCCAGUAACUGGAAACCCUGGGAGAGGAGACCCCCACUCAGUAACUGGAAACCCUGGGAGAGGAGACCUCCACCCAGUAACUGGAAACCCUGGGAGAGGUGGCCCCCACCCAGUAACUGGAAACCAUGGGAGAGGAGGCCCCCACCCAGUAAGUGGAAACCAUGGGAGAGGAGACCCCCACCCAGUAACUGGAAACCCUGGGAGAGGUGGCCCCCAUCCAGUAACUGGAAACCCUGGGAGAGGAGAACCCCACCCAGUAACUGGAAACCCUGGGAGAGGAGACCCCCACUCAGUAACUGGAAACCCUGGGAGAGGAGGCUCCCACCCAGUAACUGGAAACCUUGGGAGAGGAGAACCCCACCCAGUAACUGGAAACCCUGGGAGAGGAGACCCCCACCCAGUAACUGGAAACCCAAGGGACUACUGGUGGCUCACCUCUAG